UUUCCUUGCUAUGGAGCUGGUGUUGAGGGACCAGGUGAGAUUCUCCGCCAGGUGAACACCAAGAAAUUUGGUGCUCUUAACGAUCUCUACCGAGGAGUCAUCGAUGUUCAACGGUGAGUGGUCUUGAUCCAAAACCUCAGAAACUGUCCAUUCUCCUCCACAGAUGCUGCCGGACCUGCUCGAGUUCCCCCAGCCAUUUGUGUAAUUUUCUCCAGAUUGCAGUACAAUAUCUGCAGCCUCUCAUGCCCAGAGACUCCAGCUGGUUGUGUUGCUGCGGCAGAGAGGCCCAACCCACAAGCCCCUCCCACACGUUCGUUAGCCCCGCCUUUUCGCCCAGGUCCCGCCCCCUAAGCUAUCCCAUGAUUGACGGCUCUAACAGCACGUGUGCAGACGGACGCGAUGACGUCGAGACGCACCCCCCCGACUGUCGCGAGCCGGUUUUGAAAGUAGGGACCGGGCGGGCGGCUGGACGGAGGGGGGAGGGGCGGAGCGGACGGUUGCCGAGUGAAGGCGGGGCUAUUUAAAUACUGCGACGGCGCCAUGUCUCAGAAGGACAGCGUGUGCUCGCGUUCCUACUUCGUGGUUGUCAUGGUGUUUGUGCACGUUUAUAUCCUGAAUGUGUUGGCCUUGCUGCUGUACGUGUACUACACCAGUGAGAACGCGCACUCGCCGGAGAGCGGCGCGUCCCCGACGCCCGGGCAGGACGUGAGCCCGCGGCAAGAGGUGUCGGAGCCGGAGCGCGCGUCCAACCUGCAGCAGGACUCGGGGUUCGGUCGCCUGCACCGCUUGGAAGGCAUCAAGGUUGGGCAUAUGCAAAAAGUGGAUCUUGUUCCUAACAAGGUACACUACUUGAAAACGCUGAGCCUAAAGCCACUUCUGUUUGAGAUUGCAAAUUUCCUUUCAGAGGAAGAAUGUAAACUGGUUAUCCACCUAGCAAAAUUAAAGGGACUUCAGGAAAGCCAGAUUAUGCCAUCUGACCUUCAACAAGAAGCCAUUGAUGAGAUGGACAUUAGUAAGGAGGAAAUCUUCAACCUACUUGAUUAUAACCAAGAUGGACAGCUGCAGAUGAAAGAGGUUUUGACUCAUACACGUUUUGGUGAUGGUGUCUGGAUUACUCCUGAAAAUAUUCGAGAGAUCUACACAGGACUUAAGGCUGACCCUGAUGGGAAUGGUUUGCUAAGCUUGGAGGAAUUUAAGCAACUUAAUACAAAUGCUUUCCAAACAUACUUGCGACAGCGUGGGGUGAAAAAGACCGAGUUAGUUCGCAACAGUAAACACACGUGGCUGUACCAGGGUGAAGGGGCACACCAGAUCCUGAGAACCAUUCGGCAUAGAGUGAUCAGAUUGACACAGUUACCUCCAGAGAUAGUGGAGCACAGUGAGCCACUGCAGGUUGUGAAGUACGAUCAAGGCGGGCACUAUCAUGCACAUCACGACAGUGGACCAAUCUACGCAGAGACCAGCUGCUUCCACACAAAGCUAGUAACCAAUGGAUCCAGUCCUUUAGAAACCUCCUGUCGAUAUGUGACAGUGCUGUUUUAUUUGAACAAUGUUUCUGAAGGAGGGGAGACUGCAUUUCCUGUGGCAGACAACAGGACUUAUGAUGAACUGUCCUUAAUGCAGAAUGACGUGGAUUUACGAGAUACACGGCAAAACUGCAAAAGAGCCAACUUGUUGGUGAAGCCUGUGCAAGGCACUGCUCUCUUUUGGUACAACUACCUCUCUAACGGUGAAGGCUGGGUAGGAGAACAAGAUGAGUACUCACUGCAUGGAGGCUGCAUUGUCAUCCGGGGGACCAAAUGGAUUGCCAACAACUGGAUCAACAUCGACCCAGAUAUUCAGCGGCAACUCCAGUUCCAGCAAGCAAUUUCUAGAUAUGCCAGUGAUGAAACUCCUGCGGAAUGGGCAGUCGAUGCCAUUUUCCGGGAUCUGCACGUGGAACUGUGAAUCUGUUGCAAAACAACGAAUGCUGUUGAAUGCUUUGCAAAGACAAACUGCCCCAUUUAUACUCCCUCACCUCAGUCAAGGUUUCAAAGGAAAAGAAAAUGCUGGGGUCAAUUCCUUUUGUUCAGCAACCUUUCAUUUUACCUUCAGCUUUUGACUGCAAUCGCUGGCAAGCUACUUGACAGCAUGUUCCACCUCAAUUGAGUCUGAUCGAGCAAGGUGCAUGUUUUGAGGUCGGAUCAGUGGCUUAUGAUUUGGGAUGGCAAGUCUCGACUUAUUUUGUAUCCUCAGUAUUGCUUUCCCUUUGACCUCUCACCUGCCCAGUCAUGGGGCAAGAGGAAGGACAGACAACUCCUAGUUCUUUUGCCUGAAGUGGGUGUUCAUGAGCGGGCGUGUGUGUGUGUACUCGCACCCAAAAUAUUAAUAUGUUUCUAUUCCACACACUUUGUAUCAAAGCAUUUUAAAAUAUUUAUUUCAGAUUUCCAGUCUUUUUCAACACUUCUUAAAUGAUCUUCCUCCUUUUGCCAAGUAGUGUACCUAGGUAAUUGUAGAGCUCUAACAAUUAAGGUCCCAGCUUUAAUGCCUGGUCUGUAUAAUGUUGUUAUACACUGAUCUUGUUAGAGUGGUUAUGUGGUAACUACCAAUUGGCCUUGGAAUGACCACAUUACAAUAAGGGAAAUCUGUUAAGUUUUCUAUACAUAUAUGGAAAAUCUUGAAGGAGGGUUACACUUGUGUAGAUUAGGCAAGGAUUGAGCAGCAAGGCCUUUGCUUGUCGAAUAGCCUGCUGACACAUACUUUGCUCAGAUAACACGUAGCUAUUUAAGUGAGAUCUUGAAGUGAGUCUGUGGAUUUGCAUUCAAAGUGUUCAAGGAAGGAGCGGUCAGUACUGGGGAGGGGAGUUUCUGUGCUUUCUGUUUAAUAGCAUAGUCUUGCUAGAAUAUGCUAGCCAUCUGUUCAUGCCUUAUCUUAAAGGUCCAGUGGGCCAUUUAAACCACUAUUAAGGAGCUGAACAUGAGCAGGACCUUCCUGAUAUCCAUAGACAUGUGCUUCAGCAAGGGUCACUGGGUAAGGAACAGGACUGGAAUCUUGUUAAUUUCUCUGCUCUGUACUACUAGGCAGAACAUGCUGAUGCACUAUCGUCUGUGUUCCAACCACAGAGCAAUGAUCAAAAAUGAGACUUUUCCAAUCAUUCACGAUUUGAUGCCACAUUGGGUCAUAUUCAAUCAUCAGCCCAGCCAUUGGGGAAGUCAGUACCACUCAAACCUUGCCUGUUUGACCAUGGGCCAUUAGUUAGAGACCGUUUGAGAGAGGGGAAAGUUUCUGUGGAUCUUAUUUGGAUGAAGAGUCUGUAAAAUACUAUUUAUCUCAAAUACAUAGUAACUUAAUAGUACAAGAUACUUUUUAAGAACAGCAUGCAAACUUUCUGCAAAAGUGUUCUUAUUUUGUAUGCUUAGUUGGUGGCAGACAGUGAGGAAGUUUAUUCUUUCUACUUAUAGAAUCUCCCUUUCCCCUCCCCUCCCCCAGACAUGUUCACAUAUACUAUAGGGCAAUCAGUAUGGAAAGGGCUGCUCCUGCUGUUGUACAGAAGCUGCUUGAAAUCAUUGCUUGGUUUUAAAAAUGCUGAUUUGGUGGAUAUAUCUACUGUUACUGCUGUGUGUUUGCAAGGUUAAAGCAUUGUUGCCCAGUUCAGCUCCUCCAUUCCUUACAUUGUUCUAGGAUUAAGCCAUUCUCUCAUGCCUUCUUCCCCCAGUCAUUUCCAAAUGGAAUUCUAUGGCCCGAUACUAAUCUGAGUGAUCAUUGCUCAUUUCUUAGUAGUGUUCCACUGCAGAGCGAACCUCAACCGAGUUGGAUCCUGAUUGUGCUCUCAGCCAAUGUCCACUUUCUGAAGGGACCCCUGAACAAUAGGAAACUUGCUGCUUCUCUCCCCAUUGGAAAUGUAUAAGCAAGAGACACAACCAUACAAAACCAAUCCCAGAAUUUCCAAAGCAACACACACAAAAUGUUGGAGGAAUUUAGCAGGUCAGGUAGCAUCUAUGGAAAUGAAUAAACAGUUGAUGUUUCAGGCCAAAACCCUUCUUCAAGACCAAUAAGUAUUCAAUAAGAAUACUUAUUGGCCCUGAAUUCCUCAAUGGUAAAUAGUAAGUAUUCAAUAAAAAGACUUGCUGGUUUUAUUGCACAGGUAUUCUAACAACCAAAGCACAUCAGCAGCAGGUAUAUUUCCUUAACAGACCUGAAAGUGAUGCUGGUUGGUGAAAUGAUGGGGGUGUGCUUGAACGGAGGCCAAAUGUUCUUCCAGUUAUUGCCCUAGAUGACAUCUGUUAACUCUGUACAACCACGUGCUUACCGAUUGAAAAAUUAUCCAUUAAUCUGAGCGUGUGAUCAUUACAGCACAGUACAGGCCCUUCAACCUACAAUGUUGUGCCGACCUUUUAACCUACUUCGAUUAAUCAAUCCCUCCCCUCUCGCAAUAUACUCUAGACUGUAUAAUAGGAAGUUAGAGUUUCUAAAUGUGAAGAAUCUCCAAUUCACAGACUGUAAUGCACCAAUGGCAUCUAAAUAUGGAACACUUAUAGUCAGUAAAACUGUAGAUUAUUCAAAACAUAUGUAGGUACUUCCCUUCUUACUAACCCUGCCUAAAGAUCUGUUGAAAAAAUAUUAUACCUGCUACUGAUGUUGGAGCACCUCCUGUGAUACAAAGCCAUUUUCAAUAAAUAUUCUAGGAUUUUGGGGCUGUUGUUAAAAUGUUGAACCUCUUAUAUAUGAUUUUUUUGGCUAUUUGAAAUCCACACUAGAUGCCAGCCUUUGUUUGAGCACGUUUCUGCAUCCUACAUUGGCCCUUGCCCAUGAUCCAUGCAUUUUUGACUAAUUAGUGAUCAAGAGUGGGAAAUGCGGCCCUGUUUUCCUCUUUUUGCCCUAGGACAGGUUCAUCUACAUUGGAUGAGGUUGGCCAGGACAUUCCAGGUGAUCAUAACCCAGCACCACAAAGAUCUGUUGUUUACUGACUAAUUUUCAAGAACACCAUAAUCACACAGCGUUAUUGGCUGCAGAAUUGUGCUGUUACAGUCUACAAUGAAACUUUAUAAGUUUGUACAGAGAUGUUAAAGCCCAAUUUCAGUCAUUUGUAAAUAGCCUAAAUGUUCAAGGUAACUGAAGGCUAUAUCAAGUCGGUUCCACUAUUCCCUCACGACUGACUUACUAUUCCCCCUCAAACCCAUUCCGCUCAGUCUUCCUCUCCUGAAGCCGCCCAGCAGAAGCUAUAUCAUUCAACAUACUCAGCUCCCUGUGGUUCUUCAUGUGUUGUAAAUGUGUUCUUAUACUGUUGUAAAUGGAGAUUACAACAGUAUAAAAUGGAUCUGAUAGCCAAAGAGAGCCAUGAUUCACAGGGUAUAUAGGGACAGGAAAAAUUUGAAAGAAAGUUGUUGUUUCUUAGGUGAGCUUAUGGUCUUUUCAGCAAAGGAGGGCAUCACCACGAAGCUUGAUCCUUCAUCCCUUAAACUAGUGGCUCCCAAUCUGGGGUCCAUGCCAUAAAUAAGGUUGGGUCUCCUGCUUUAUACAAAUACAUGAACACAAGCAAUCAUAAGUUAUGUUACCCCUUUUCCUCUCUUCACUCCUUCACACAAGCCCGGGACAUUAAAACUCAUCAAUUGCCAGUCUGAUUAUACUCUGCUGAGCCUAGGAAUCGGUACAUGGGCUUUGCGUUUGCAUCUCCUAACAUCUAACACAAUGGAUUUGUCCACUGAGCCCUGGGUGAAUUUGUUUGUUGUGUGUUUUGUUUAUUUUACAGGGAAAGUGGUACGGUUAGUGUAUCUGGUUUACUGCACAAUGGUGGUUCUGAGUCAAAGCUGGACAUCCCACAUAGUAGUCACAGGUGCAUUGUGGCGACUGCUGUGACUAGCAUGCAACAACUCCAUGCAUUACUCUUUACAUUUGUACAAUAGCAUGCAAACAAAAGAGCACUUGGCAAUUUCAGUCCCAUUUCUCAUUUCUGCAUGGAAUCACUGAGCAAUGAGGGAUGUUACUUGGUCUAAUAUUCUUGUGUCAAUCAUAAGACCGGUUGCCGAUUGUCUUUAUUGUGAGACAGUUUCUUCUCCCCUUUAGGCAUUUACAGUUUACUCUGUAUGUAAAAUUACUGCUGUUUUGUACUGGGGGUGGCACUGUAGUAUAGUGGUUAGCGCAUUGCUUUACAGUGCUAGUGACCAGGGUUCAAUUCUUUCUGCUAUCUGUAAGGAGUUUGUACCUUCUUCCCAUGAUCAUGUAAGGUUCCUCACACAUUCCAAAGAUGUACAGGUUAAUAGGUUAAUUAGUCACAUGGGUGGCAUGGGCUUGUUGGUCCAGAAAGGCCUGUUACCAUGCUGUACCUAUAAAUGAAAAAUGAAAAAAAUUUACUAAGUUCCACCUUUGUUCUGUUUCUUUUGCCAAAUACUUUGCAUUGACAGCCUCUGUUUGCUCAUCCAAAAUUCAAGGUUCAAGUAAAUUUAUUAUCAAAGUACGUAUAUGUCAUCAUAUAUAACCCUGGGAUUUAUUUUCUUGUGGGCAAACAGAGUAAAUAAAAAGAAACACAAUAGAAUGAAUGAAAGACUGUACCCAACAGGCCAGACAAACAUCCGUUGUGCAAAGGCUUAAAGGGAAAUUCCAGGCUGCAGAUUGUAGCGAGAGUCAUUCAGAAGAGGUACAAUAUAUUUAGAAGUUUUGUAGGCAGCCUGCAACAUGGUUCACCGACGCCAUCUUGGGGAAAAAAUUUAACAUGUUAAAACAGUUCAUCCCUAUUAACACAACUUCUCAUCAUUCUCAACACCCUAAAAAUCUCCUUGACAUUAUCCGCAGUAAGGAGAACAACCUCUCCAGUCAUCAAUCUGAACUUUUGCAAUUUGUUUAAAUCACAGGUUUUCUUGAUUGUUAUAAAUUAAAUUAAAUUCUAUUUAAAAGCAAUUGUUAUAAAAUAAAUUAAAUUCUAUUUAAAAGCAAUGUCAAAAUUUAAUGCCCAGUGAUAGAUUGUAUAUUUAUUUAGUACAUUUUAAGAAAGUCACACCUUAUAUUUUGAAUUGAUUUAUCAUAUUUAUCUCAUUAUCUUUGAAUAUUGUUUUAAAGAAGUCAGUUCUAAUAUUUAUACAGUUCCACCCAUUGUUUGAGAUGCUGAAUUAUUUAUUAAAGUGUGAUAAUGUUUUAAUCCUUUAUAUUUAAUUUGUAUUCUUCAGGAAUGUAUUUUGUAGCAGGGAAUCUUCCCAAUGUCUUUAUUAUUUAAUUUGUAGCUCUUGCACUCGAUUUCCCCCAAGAUUCUCUUGGGUUACUCAGGUAACAUGUGUCAGCUUGUUCUGAAUAGAGCAACAUGUUUCUUGUCUGUACUGCAUGUGUAUUGUAUUCUGUCUGCCUGUCUCUGUGUUGACUUGAGAACUGCUGUGGAAUCCUCACCAACAAUAAUCAAAAUAAAAGUUUUAAACUGA